CUAAUGUGGGGAGGGGGGUUGUUCAUGUAUUUAUUUUUACUAGCAGGCUUCGCCGCUGGACUUCUUUAUAGAAGUAUAGGGAGGUCCUUACCGGGUUCCCCAUUCCCUCGUCCUUAAAAUGGUUUCUUCUGUGUCGAGACCUUCAUGAUCUCCGGCUACAAUGACGACCGAAGGACUCGCUUCUUCUACUCUCUUUAAAAGGCCCUUUGCAGCCUUAUCUCCGCCUGCCUUCAUGAGGACUGGCAACCCGCUAACUCCCUCUCUCAAAAGUUCCUUCCAUCUAUCCCGCCCUUUAAAUCAUCGGAGGUGUUGAUGUUACCGCCCGUUGCUGCUGUUUCUUCUCCCUCCCCCGCAACUCUUUUCGGGUUUUGUUUUGGGGAUGUGUGAGGGUGAGUAGUUGAGCAAGUCAGCAAGCAGCUCAGUUUCCUGGCCCCCUAUCGCAUCGCCUGUUGGAGAGAUGGUCUGUGCUGGAGCGGAGAGACAUUUAGAUGCCACCUUCUUUUUUGUGCGACCCAGGCAAAGACUUCGCGAAGGCUGCUAAGCCGACAUAUUCAGAUCACCUUUGAUGAAUCCCAGCCUCCAGGAGGCGGAAGAGGGGACAUGGCGGCUGAGGAGUAUAUUCAGGUGCCGACAACCUUUGAAGAGGUAUCUGUGACUCUCACUGAGGAAAAGGAGCUCCCUUUGGAUCCCUACCUGUUUGCCCUCAGUGGGAAUGAUAUUGAGCAGUAUUGCACCAUGCAGUCCUGGCUGGAAUUGCAGAAUCUCAAGCCUGAUAUGUACCUUGAGACAGAACAAGGUGUCAUGAUGCCCCUCUCGUUAGUCCAAGUUGUAGAGGAGUUUGAGAUUUGGCCGUCCUUAUACCAAGGAGAUGGGACAAAGCAAAUCUUAGAGUAUGAAUCCAUGCAGCAAGAAAGUGCUGUACCACUGGUGCGCCUGCAGUACAAUUUCAUGCCAAAAUCGGAAGGAGAUGUCCUCCAGGGAAAACCUUCAGGCUGCAUUACUGUUUCAGAGCUCCAACAAGGGACAGAUCUAGAAACAAGGAGUGAUGAGUCUGUUUCCCCGAGAAAAAAGCUCAGCCUCUCUCCAGAGGCGCUGAAAGAUCAUCUAGAUAGGGAAGAGCUAAUAGGAGAUUUAAAUGCAACAAUUCUGCAACAGGAAGCAUCUGGGCAGCCAGCUGUGGCAGGCUUUGCUGUAGUGCAACAAAGUGAAUGGAUUGUUUCCCAGGGAUCGCAGUGGAGUAAUACCCAAGAUGUGGUUGGAUUGAAUCUGCUUCCAGGAAAUGCUUCAAGACAGGAAGGGCAUCCCUGUGAUCAUGGUCCUAAAGAAGCCACCAUCCACCAUCAGAAGGGAGUUGGCACUAGAAAGGAACCUUGCUUGGGUCCCAGCUUUGGAGGAAAACCUAAUCUGAACCUGAACCUAACCCCCCUUACCCAACAGUUGGUCCCCUCUGAGAAGUCCAACAAGUGCCUGGAUAGCAGCCACCCCUUUACUUACAAUACCAUAAGUAUCACCGGACACCAGAGAAUCUUCACAGAUGAGUGGGAGAAACUCUUCAGCCAUCUUAACCUCAGUCCCCUUCCCAGCCAGACAGGUGAUGUUGGUGAGAAACCCUUUAAAUGCCCCGAUUGCGGGAAAGGCUUCAUUCACCGAUCAAGCAUCCACAGGCAUCAGAGGCUCCACAAGAAAGAAAACCAAUCUCCAGAUUCUGAGCAAGAGAGCAGCUCCGGCCAGGGCCUAAACCACCUUCCCCAUCAGAAGAGCCACUUGCAGGAUAAACUCCUUCCGGGCUCUGAAGAUGGAGUGAGCUUGCACGAAAUGCCAAAUGCCCCCCGUGAGCAAUGCGCUGCUCUGAACGGCCCUUGUGGGCCAAUCUCCCUGGCUUCAGAGGUUUAUAAGCAUCAGGCCGCUGACAACAAACCCUUCCACUGCCCAGACUGUGGCAAAAUGUUCACUGCAAAGGCAUCGGUGACCAGGCACCAGCUGCUGCACCGAGGUGAACGGCCCUUCCGGUGUCGCUACUGUGACAAAAGCUACAUCCAGAAGAGCCACUUGAAGAGGCAUGACCAGCUGAAACAUCAACCCAUUCAUUAAUCGGAGACUAGCUUUGAACUCGCGCCAGAGCUAAGAGCUGCAUCCUGCAGUUGUAUGCUUAUUGUCUUUGAUCUUGCUCUGGAGGAAUGUGAAUUAUCAAGAGAAAAGACCUCUUCUCUCUCUCGUUCAGUACUCUGAACAGAGCCCCCUUUCCCAGCCUGUGCCUGUCCUUCCCCCUAGACCAUUGGUAGGAAACCUGGGCUGUGCCCUCCCAGACGUUGCCGAACUUCCAACUUUCAUAAACCUCAGCAGUGUGGUCAAUAGCCAGGGAUAAUAGGAGCUCUAGUCCAACAAUGUCUGCAGGGCCACAGGUCUGCACCCCUGCCAUAGCCUGUGAUCUCUUCCAUUCUCCAUUGCUGAUGCCCUUCAGCCCUCACUAUUUUUGGGGUGGUAUGGGAAGAGAUCAGUGACAUAGCCCAUUGACUUGUAGAAAACACUCCCCAUUCACUUCCAGGUUAAUCUGUGAAUGGCUGGGAAGUCUGUUCUGCAAUAGCUGGGCAGCCUCCACUUCCUUCCUCUCCUGGACAUAACAGCGGGCCUUUUGGGACUAGCAUCUGCAGGACACCAGGCUGGUAAAAGCUGGUUUAAUACAUAGGUCAGUAGCAUAACUGGCAUUAAUUGUGGAAGUUUGUGGCAAACCAGGAGAUGAAAGCCCCUUGGCCUGGCUAUGGCUUUGAUUUGGACCAGCACUCCUGUGUAUCCCUGCAGCACUGAGCUUCUCUUGGUUUCUUGAUAAGAGGGGAAAAAAGUCUCAAGAUCCAGGGGAAGAACCUGUGGCCCUCCAGAUAUUUCUGGACCAGUACUCCGAUCAUCCCUGACCAUUGGCCAUGCUGGCUGGGGCUGGUGGGACUUGGAGUCCAACACCAUCUGCCCUAGAAUGAGAUUGUCAGGGGCUUAAAAAGUGCUAGCCAAUCCAUGCGGUUAAUAUAUCCCAAGUGAACAGCAAGACCAAUAGGAACUUGGAUAGCAAUGGGAGAUCAGUACAGCCCUGGUGACAAGAAACCACCUCUGUACUGCAGGAGGGCUCUCCCAAAGCAGCUUGGAAACAGUAGCAGUUGUUAUAUAACCACCAUUUAAAAUAACAAUUUUUAUUAAUCUUUUCAAAGUAAAAUUAUAUUUUUCACCAUUCAGAAUAUGCGACAAACCGUGGGUUGUAUUCAACUAAAUCCUACUCCAAGUAGGCCCAUUUGAAAUUAAUUUAGUCAUGUCUAUUAACUUCAGUAUGUCUACUCUGAAUAGGACUAGUGUUGAAUGCCACCCACUGGUUUGCUGUGACAAGGACAAGCAAGUCUAAGCCUUGGGUCUGCAUGUUCCCCCAAGCUUUAUACACGAGGACUCUUAAAAGUGUCUGUUCAUCAUUUGUGUAGUUCAUUUUAAAUAUAUUUCUUAAAUCCAUAGGUUUUAUAUCACAGUAUAAAAAACAGAGGAAAUGGGCAUUGUGUAACAAAUGUGAUGAGAAGUAAACACAAAUUAGGCAUACUUUCUUUUUUUGAAGACUGACUUAAAGCCUGGCAAUUGAAACUACAAAGACAUAAUUCCCAAGUCCUGCUCGGCCAGCUAUUUACCUAGAUUUAAAUUUUCAUCACAUCAAUUUCCAGGUUUUAUAAAGAACUAUUUGCCAUAAUAAAACAUGCCAAACUUAAAUCAAGAUAAUUGAAAUGAGCAAGGUUCUCCAGUAGUAUGCUUUACAUUAGCUUUGUAGAAUGUGGCUUGUGCCUUCACUGGUGCCAUUAAAAAGGUAGCGGCUUAUUAUCUUGAUUUUAAUGUCCGUAUUGAAAGGCAAGAAAUCUAUCUUCUGACACACUAACCAAUGGGUACCUUUUUUAAACAGAGCAGCAAGAUAUAAGAGAAAUACCUUGUGUCAGCAAGGAAACAAUUGAACAGAUAAUGUGGAAGAUCUAAAACACAGAGGCAGAAGAAUUGGUUAUAUGGUGUCCUUGCUAAUCUGCCUUUUAAGAACUACAUGGAAUCUUAAUUGGAACCUAACAAGAGUGAGUUCCUUCCUCAAAACAAAAUUGUUGUUGUUAAGUAAAUAAUUCACUAGGCCUGGGUUGUAUUUAAGUAUGCUAUAUCAGAGGAGAUACCUUAAAGACUUUAGAGAUACAAUUUUUUUUAUUGCAUAAACACAUCAUUUGUACAUAAUUUUAACUCCUUGACUAAAACAAGAUCUCUCUGUGGGGAAAAGUAGCUCUCUGAACUGUGCCACGUUUCUGAAGUAAGCAUAUCAUAUUUUGAUACCAGGGUUUCUCCCUCAAUGGACUAAAGCCAAUAAUUCAAGAUUUGUAACAAACUACACUUUCCUGUUUCACCUAAAUAUGGAAAAUUGAUUUGUACAAACUUUAGUUAGUUAAUAAGCCAUUAUAUCAAACCACAC